AAUGGCUACGGAGGUGAAGAAAGAAAAUGAACCAGAGGAAAAAACGCAGGAAUUACGAGGGUUCUGGUUGACUAGAAUUAUUUUCUUACGGUCGCUCGCCUUUAUUUAUUGUGUGGCGUUUUCUGUUUCGCUUUUUCAGAACAAAGCUCUGUUGGGAGCUGAUGGGAUAUUACCAAUUCCUGCUUACAUGCACAGACUUAGAACUCACUUCAAACUCCAGCCCGGACAAACGAGAGUAGACAGUUUUCUAGCAGUUCCGACCUUGUUUUGGUUCAUACCUGAAGAACACAUUGACACAGCAUUACAGCUGAUCAGCAACACAGGGCUAGUGCUCAGUAUAGGAGUGUUCCUGCAAGGAUCUGCCAACAUGUUCAUCAUGGCGGCACUGUGGGGGCUAUACCAUUCCAUUGUUAACGUUGGACAGCAGUGGUACGCUUUUGGUUGGGAGUCUCAGCUGCUGGAGACAGGGUUCCUGGCUAUCUGGUUAGUUCCGGUAUUCAGCAUACAGUUACUUCCUGUCAACACGCCCACUUCCCGCCUGUGUAUCUACGGCUACCGCUGGCUCAUCUUCAGAAUCAUGAUCGGUGCUGGGCUCAUUAAGAUAAGAGGUGACAAAUGCUGGCACGAUCUGACCUGUAUGAACUAUCACUACGAAACACAGCCAGUUCCCAACCCUCUCAGCUGGUUCCUACACCACGCUCCUCCAGAGUGGCAUAAAGUGGAAACUAUGGGUAAUCACAUAAUAGAACUAUUGUUACCAUGGUUAUUGUUAAUACCACAUCGCCAAGUUGCCGCCUUUGCUGGAUCAGCUCAGAUAUUCUUCCAGGUGGUAAUUAUUACAUCAGGAAACUUCUCCUUCUUAAACUGGCUAACGAUGCUGCCUUCAAUCUUCUGUUUCGAUGACGGAUAUUUGCUGCGAUUUUUCUCUAAGACUACACAGAACUAUGUUGCCAUGGCAGAUCGAAUUUCAGUCAAGUGUCAAAACAAACCGGCCCGAUAUCAGCGAGCAGUUCUGAACGGAUCAAUGGGAGUGUUGCUGAUGUUCCUCAGUGUUCCUGUUAUCCAGAACCUACUCUCCUCCAGACAGCAGAUGAACACAUCCUUUGAUUCCUUCCGGCUCGUUAACACUUACGGUGCUUUCGGCAGUAUAACAAAAGAAAGAACGGAGGUUAUUCUAGAAGGUACAUCAGAAGAAUUUAUAACAUCUAGUACUCAGUGGGUGGAGUACGAGUUUAAGUGUAAGCCAGGCUCAGUAGACCGGCGCCCCUGUCUGAUAUCCCCCUACCACUACCGGCUAGACUGGUUGCUGUGGUUCGCUGCGUUCCAACAAUACCACCAGAACCCAUGGUUCAUCAACCUGAUCGCCAAGUUACUCGAGGGUAACUCUGAGGUCCGCAAGCUCAUUGACCACGACCCCUUCACUAAUGCUACAUUACCUACGUACAUCAGAGCGCAACACUACAGAUACCAAUACACUCCCCUACUCACAGAGAAUGCAGCUGUGUGGAACAGAAAAUACCUUAAACCCUACAUGCCUCCUGUCUCUCUAACCCAACUUAAAGAAGUUGGAGGUUUGCCAAGUGUCCCAUCUAAAAUGGAUGUAACUCCAAUUCAUCUGUCUGACGUUAAAAAAGACGUUCAACACGUUUUUGUUUUACUUAAACUGUGGCUUUAUGAGAUAAGGGACUUCUUUUUAAUUAUUGCCAAUAACUUCAAAGAUUCCAGCUUGCGAGAUAUAAAGGUCAAGUUAGAUCAGCAACCUAUAAUUAUUUGUUUUAAGAAUGUAGCUAAAAUUGUCAGUUACCUUGGAGGUCUUUGGCUCGACUCUGUUUUGAUGUGAUAUUGGAUGAAUUGUUUGUGAUUUGAUACACGUCGAUUUUUGUGGGGAGGUGAGUCGUAUUUUUUAGAAGCUGAUUGGUUUAUUGCAGUCACGUGUCAAUGCCUCACGUGUAUAUGCUUCACUGCACCUCCCUGCUAGAAUUCACAGCGAUAUUCUAUAGUAUAUUUAUACGCUAUAAUGACUCUAUCAUGUAUAUAUUGUUUUUAAUCAAGUGUUUUCACUUUUUAAUAUCUAUCUUUUUAAUAUAUUUUCAUAACUUGUACAAUUAUUUAAAUGAAUUUGCUUGUUAAACUUAUAAAGUUUCAUUUAUAAACAAUUAAAUUUACUUGUUUGAAUUAUUAAAAUUUUUAAUAUAGGUACGUUUGUUUUUAAUCGAUAAAGUUGCUUGUUUGAAUUAUCAAAUUUUUAAAGGUGUGUUUUUAUCAAUAAAGUUGCUUGUUUGAAUUAUUGAAUUUUUAAAUAUGUGUUUGUUUUUAAUUAAUAAAGUUGCUUGUUUGACUAAUACAUUUUAUCUUAGUCACUUAAUUAUCCUCGUGU